AUGUCCACACAAGAUACUGUGGAUAGUUCUCCGCGUGCAGACUCUAGCCCUUUGCGUCCAGAUUCUAGAGCCGAGUCGACAAGUUUUGACAUACCGGACGGAUAUAGUGAAAUCAAGCGUAUCGAAUCAUCGCCAUUUGAUUACGAGGAACUUGCAAAGGAUAAGAAACAAUUAUGGUUGAUUCGCAUUCCUAGUGGGACCAUCUCAUCCUCAUCUCUGGAUCAACUGUCCAUAAGCCUCCCAGAAAUAUCAAAGACGGGAAACCGCCUGGCUACGAUAGUAGACGAGUCAAACCAAGAAUACUCACUCCUUGAUCUGGCAAAAGUUGAUGAUGAUGCCAACGUCGAUGGUAAUAACGAACAACCAUCCGAUCCGGCUAUAUUCGGUUCUGAAGAGAUGAGCUCGUUUAAGCUAUUAGUACCGAAAAAGGACAACAACGGGAAGUUGGUUGCAGCACCGAAACCAUUUUCAAGGUUUCUUUCGCUAUCACUUGCCCCUCUUUCCCUAGAUUACACAAAACAAGCCGAGAUUGCUCGUGAUGCUCACCAAAAGACAAUUCUUCAACCGGAAAAGCUUUCGUAUCAGUUCAAACCAUAUGGACAUAACACGGGCGAGUCGGAACAAGAAAAGUGGGUUGAUACUCCGUACAAACAAGCCGUCAUAGCCAGAGUUAAAGAAAUGAGUCGUGCGAACGAUGAAAAAUGGAAACAAAGAGAUCAAAAAUUGUUGGAAUUAAAAGACAAGGAUGAAGAACGGAUAAAGAGGAGAGAACAACGGGCAAAAUGGGCUACUGCCAAGAAUGCGAGCGGUCGCUAUGCUUUCCAUGCGACAGCUGGUAACGAAAUCGCUGGACCAUACUUGACUCAAGUAAGAAAGGACACGGCUGGAAAGCUGCAAUCGCGGAAAGCUCAGUGGAACGAAAUGGACGAUGUGGGAAACGAAUUCGGUAUCUCUGAUGCGAAUGAAGACUUUGAGAAGUUUCUUGCGCCUGGAGAGAAAUUCGAAGAUUAUGAUACCAAUGUAAAUUCUAUCGGCAUGAUUCAAAAGGAAAAAGUGGAUGAUCUUGGCGCUGGUCUCGUUGAUAAUAUAAAGGAAAAGGAGGAAGGCGAUCAGCCUGAGAAAGUAAAGGGUAGAAAACGGAAGAAAGUUGAUAAUAAUGGUCAGUAUCAUCCUAUUAAUUCGUUUGAAGAUGGUUCAUUUGAGAAUCCAAAGAAGAAAAUAAAGACGGUCGACAAGUCCAAAAAAGCAAAGGAUGAUAAGGGCAUCAAACUUGAAGGCAAUG